ACAUAGGAAAGGGAAAUAAACUGAGGGGCAAACAUGGCUGACUACUCGUCUUAUAAAGAGACCUCCAAUCGGCAUUUGCGCUUCAAACUUCAGAGUCUCAGCCGCCGCCUUGAUGAGUUAGAGGAAGCCACACGAAAUCUCCAGAAAGCAGAGGACGAGCUUUUAGACUUGCAGGAUAAAGUGAUCCAGGCGGAAGGCAGCAACUCCAGCAUGUUGGCUGAUGUGGAAACCUUGCGAAAGAGAGUUUUGAAAAUAGAAGGCAAGGACGAGGAGAUCCGAAAGGCAGAAGAGCUGUGCCAGCUGAUGAAGACCAAGCUUGAGGACGAGGAGAGCCUCACCCGAGAGCUGAAAUCUGAAAUCGAGAGGCUUCAGAAGCGAAUGGCUGAGCUGGAGAAACUGGAGGAGGCCUUUGGUCGGAGUAAAAAUGACUGUACUCAGCUUUGCCUCAGCCUCAACGAGGAGAAAAACCUGACCAAGAAGAUUUCAACAGAACUGGAAGUUCUUAGGGUGAAAGUGAAAGAACUGGAACAGUCAGAAGACCGGCUGGAUAAAACAGAGCAAAGCUUAAUGAGUGAACUGGAAAAGAUGAAAUCUUUAGCCCUCAUUUUUGUCAGUGAAAGAAAACAUUUCACUGAAAAGGAGAAGCAGAACGAAAAGCUGAUCCAAGAGCUCACCCAAAAGCUGGAACAGAAUAAUAAACUUAAUCGGGCUGACCAAACUCGCAAUACAUCAAAUCUGCUGGAGAGAUCGUCCAAUAGUAUAAUUGACAGAAAUGACCUAAGGAUUGAGGUUGACUUGACAACUUCAGCACUAUCCUCAAAAGAAACCAGGAGAAAAGCCAGCUUGGACUACCUAAAGCUUGUGGAAAAUGAAACUCGAAACAAAUCUGAAAAUCAGAAGAAUAAAAACCAAGAAGACAACAAAGUGAGGGACCUCAAUCAAGAAAUUGAGAAGCUUAAGACCCAGAUGAAACAUUUUGAGUCUUUGGAAGAGGAGCUUAAAACUCUUAGAGCCAAAAACAAUGACCUCCACGACAGCUACUUGAGUGAACAGAAUAAGAACACAAUCCUCGUGGGCCAGCUGGAAGAAAUAAAAAUAGAGAUGAAAAAGCAGAAAGAGCUGGAGAACGGUGAAGCAGAGAUGGAGGACGUGAACGUGCCCAGCCGAGCUAAGCACGACCGACCCAAGCAUCGAACUGUUACAACUGAGUCAGCAGUUUCUAAGCCUAAGUCACGGGAACUUUCACCUCAACACCGGCGGGAGAGGCUACGCAAUCGAGAAUUGAAUAAUGAAUGUUAUGGCCAAAGUAGCAAGCGAGUUACAAGCCCUAAUAUGAACAGCAGAAGAGCAGCCAAAACAUCUGGCACAUAUGCAGUAUUAGACUCUUUAUCAACUGAUGCUAAAUGGGUAGAAGACAAAUCAACCUUAGGUGUGAACUGUUCUCCGCCAAAAGACAGCGGCACCUCGGCCACUGAAGUGAAGAAAUCUAGGGAGCAGCCUUCAGUGCUUAGCCGUUAUCCACCUGCAGCCCAGGAGCAUAAAUCUUGGAAGAUCUCUUCAAAACCCAAAAACGAACAUACCACAAGGAAUAGAGUUGAAAAAGAACCCCAGCCACUGAACGCUGCUCAUCAUGUUAAACCUGAUGACCUCGAAGACCAGCCCAGCAAACCAGAAUUCGCAGGACCAUCUUCUGAAAAGGGCCUGAAGAUGCAUGUCACGGAAUCACUGGUUCUUACCACUGAUACUCGCACCUCCAAAACUAAUGGUGGGCCUCCAAAUGGCGCUGCUUCAUCCUAUGGGCAGUAUCCCUCAGGAGAAACCCUGACUUCUGAAUCCAUGAGCUCAAAGAUGGAAGCUACGUUUUCAGCUCGUAGGCAGCACUUGGAAGAGGACUCUCAAAAGGUAGUCAACUUCCGAGAGUCUAUGGAGCCUCCACAUGGAAUGACAAAACCUUCUCUUUUAUCGAAGCCUUGGCUCAUUUCCAAAAGCCAAGAAGAUACCUCGCAGAACCAUCCAAUUGCUCAAAAAGAGGAAAUGGACCAAGCUCUUUCGUCGAAUGUAAACUGCAACAAUUUGGACCUAAAAGCAACAAGAUCCAAAGCUGUCAAUCCCAGCCGCAUUGAGAAAUCCCGCACCGAGGAAAGGACAAGCAAAUUUGGAAAUAUUUCUGCUACUUUAGACUUAGGAAUAAAAAAAGAAACCACUUCCCGAGAAUUCACAACCUCCAGGGGAUCCGCUCAUAUCUCUUCCUUUGAAAACGAUAGAAGCGCAAGCAGCGAAGACCUCAGUAGACCAUCAAAAAUGACAGCAGCUGGUGCAAUGUCAGGUUUGAAAUCCCGACGGCCCUUUAGUCCAAGAGAAGCUCUGCGUUCGAAAGCCGUCAUCAAACCUGCAAUUGUGGAGAAAGAUGUGAAGGAAAUCAUGGGUGGUGUAGGUUCUGGUCUGGAAACCAGCUGUGAAAAACUGCCUGCCACCUGUAAGACAGUAGCACAUAAAAUGACCAGCAGCAUCACCAUUUACCCAUCUGAGCCAAUUACUCCAAGGAGCAGCACAGUUGAUGCUACAAUUCAAGCCAUUCCAAGUGAACUCUCUCCAGGAGUAGAUGCAACCAGCAUUCCUAACGAUUUCUCAUUUAACAAGAGCAGUAUAACCGUAAAGUUACCAGAGCCUGAUAAAAAUGGAGACUCUGUUCUGAGAAGCAGAGUAGAAACGGUCAUUUCUAAAAGCAGUAUUACAAUAAGGCCUUCGGACACCACCGAAAAAAACAGUGAACCGCCCAUGGAGACGGUCGGUUGGAAGAGUCACAGUAUUCUGGGGACAAACUCAUCUGAGGCCAAGAACAUCACGGUAAGAAGCUCAUGGCGGACAAGACGAGGAUUGCGUUCUUUGGAAGACUCUCUAGCCAAAGAGGUUGAACACGUAAAUCCUCGGACUCCAUGUAGGUCAUCUACUGAUCCUUCCAAACCAGAAGGGACCACGGCACGCAUCUACGCGAUUGAGCAGAAUUCCAGAAGGGCAAGUGCCGGGACAAAUUCUUGGAAUACUCCAGAAUUAGACUCUAGAAGGACCAAAAGUAACUUGAGCGCCUCCGAGAUGCUAAGCCAGAAAAGCUGCGUCAAUGAGCUUGUGACCGCUUCCUCUUGGAAUUGCACAGUAAUGCCAGAUGAAGAGAAAGAUUUUGCUCCCAGGAGAAAAGCAUACAGCUCCUCUGAGCAACUGACAUCAAGGAGGAGGCCAGAGGUCAAGGCGGAACUGGGCCGCCAAUUUCCGAGCAGCAGGGCCGAGGAGCGGAGGCGGUGGUCCAGAGACCACUCAGAAGCCCACUGA